GGAACAACUACCCAAUGACAGCGUAAAAGAGGCGUAACGUUCCCUAUUUAUUGUACUAUCCAGAAGGAGUCCGGUCUCGCCUGACGCAGAUUGCUGCUCUGCGGCUGCAUUACAAAGGAGUCUUCAAGGAUAAACAAGCAAGAUGUCCAAAGACGUCCCACGUGAGCCAGAGCAGCUCCGCAAGCUGUUCAUUGGAGGCCUUAGCUUCGAGACAACAGACGAGAGCUUGCGGGCUCAUUUUGAACAAUGGGGGUCCCUUACAGACUGCGUGGUCAUGAGAGACCCCAACAGCAAGAGGUCCAGGGGUUUUGGCUUUGUUACUUAUUCAUCAGUAGAGGAAGUUGAUGCUGCCAUGUCUGCCCGUCCCCACAAAGUGGAUGGAAGAGUUGUGGAGCCUAAGCGUGCAGUUUCCAGAGAGGACUCGAACCGUCCAGGUGCGCAUAUAACUGUAAAGAAAAUCUUUGUUGGAGGCAUCAAAGAAGACACAGAAGAGUCGCACCUUAGGGAUUACUUCCAGCAGUUUGGCAAAAUCGAGGUCAUUGAUAUCAUGACCGAUCGCAGCACUGGAAAGAAGAGGGGCUUUGCUUUUGUCACCUUUGACGACCAUGAUUCAGUGGAUAGGAUUGUCAUUCAGAAAUACCACACAAUAAACUCUCACAACUGUGAAGUGAGGAAGGCCCUCACGAAGCAGGAAAUGCAGAGUGCAGGAAUGGGAAUGAGAGGAGGACGUAACAGCGGGGGAAGACCAUAUGAUUACGACAGAGGCUUCAGCCAAGGCGGCAGGGGCAGAUACGGAGAUGGUCCUAAUAACUGGAAUGACGGUGGUUACGGAGGUGGUCCUGGUGGUCCCGGUGGCUAUAACAAUGGUGGCAACAGAGGUUAUAGCCAAGGUUACAACCAGGGUGGCAGCGGCGGUGGAGGUGGCGGCGGAGGCUAUGGUGGAAAUGGUUACGACAACAACGGUUAUGGUAACUGUGGUGGUGGUGGUGGAGGCGGUGGCAGUAACUACAACAACAUGGGCCAUUAUGACCCCCAGGCCUCUAACUUUGGCCCAAUGAAGAACAACUUUGGCGGCGGCGGCGGUGGUGGGGGUGGUGGCGGCAGGAGCUUUGGUGGCUAUGGUGGCGGCUCUAACAAUCCUGGUGGCUAUGGCCGCCCAGGGCGAUUCUAAGAUGAGAAGUGGACUGAGUACUUAGGAGAGGAGAGCAAGGAGAGGAGAGCAAGCGAAGUGACAGGGCAGCUGCAGGUUUACCUCCUAAAUCUGCUCAGCCAAACAGUUGUGGCAGGUUACAGCUGCUACAAGAAGAGAUGUACAGUAGAUAAAUCAUGGAGGGCCUUCAAUUAAACUUUUGUCUUCUGUUUUUCUUUCAUCAAAAUGUGUUUUAAAAAAAAAAGCAUUCCAAUGAGGGUUUUAUGUUUAUCUUUAAGUCUGGUUUUUAUUUGUAACUGCAUCUAAUCAAUCUGAAAUAAACCACCUUUCAGUUUUUUAA